CUACGUAGAGGUGAUAAGUGACGCAACAGACGUUGCAUAAAUUUCAGCUCCGCCGUAGCGGCGCAUUCAGUGGCGAGAGGCUUUGUGGAGCGGUGGUUCUGUGCGUUAGAGUUGGUCGACGUGGCUGGUUGGAGGCCUCUUCGCAUUCGAUAACAGGUCAAAAUGCAGAUCUUCGUGAAGACCCUGACUGGCAAGACCAUCACCUUGGAGGUGGAGCCCAGUGACACCAUUGAGAAUGUGAAGGCCAAGAUCCAGGAUAAAGAGGGCAUUCCCCCUGACCAGCAGAGGCUCAUCUUUGCAGGCAAGCAGCUGGAAGAUGGCCGCACUCUUUCUGACUACAACAUCCAGAAGGAAUCCACCCUGCACCUGGUCCUGCGCCUGAGGGGUGGUAUGCAGAUCUUCGUGAAGACCCUGACUGGCAAGACCAUCACCCUGGAGGUGGAGCCCAGUGACACCAUUGAGAAUGUGAAGGCCAAGAUCCAGGAUAAAGAGGGCAUUCCCCCUGACCAGCAGAGGCUCAUCUUUGCAGGCAAGCAGCUGGAAGAUGGCCGCACUCUUUCUGACUACAACAUCCAGAAGGAAUCCACCCUGCACCUGGUCCUGCGCCUGAGGGGUGGUAUGCAGAUCUUCGUGAAGACCCUGACUGGCAAGACCAUCACCCUGGAGGUGGAGCCCAGUGACACCAUUGAGAAUGUGAAGGCCAAGAUCCAGGAUAAAGAGGGCAUUCCCCCUGACCAGCAGAGGCUCAUCUUUGCAGGCAAGCAGCUGGAAGAUGGCCGCACUCUUUCUGACUACAACAUCCAGAAGGAGUCUACCCUGCACCUGGUCCUGCGCCUGAGGGGUGGUAUGCAGAUCUUCGUGAAGACCCUGACUGGCAAGACCAUCACCCUGGAGGUGGAGCCCAGUGACACCAUUGAGAAUGUGAAGGCCAAGAUCCAGGAUAAAGAAGGCAUUCCCCCUGACCAGCAGAGGCUCAUCUUUGCAGGCAAGCAGCUGGAAGAUGGCCGCACUCUUUCUGACUACAACAUCCAGAAGGAGUCCACCCUGCACCUGGUCCUGCGCCUGAGGGGUGGCUGUUAAUUCUUCUGUCUGCAUUCAUGGUGUGCAGUGAUAGUAUUAUGCUGCACGUAGCCAUUUGCCCCAAUUUAAGUUUAGAAAUUACCAGUUUCAGUAAUAGCUGAACCUGUCCAAAAUGUUAAUAAAGUUUUGUUGCAUGGUAGCAUA